AUGACGAAGCCGGAAGAAGAAGAGAAGAACGCCGGCGCGGCGGAACACGCGAUGAAGCUGAUCGGAACGCUGGAGAAUUUCGUUCCCAGUGCGGAUUUUGAUGACUACCUCGAGAGAGCCGAAAACUUUUUCGAACUGAACUGCAUCACGGAUGAUGAGUUCAAGCGGAAGCUGAUCGUCCAUUUUAUUGGCUUGCCCGCGCUGAAGAAGCUGCAGCAGUUGCUGUACCCGAAAACCCACAAGCAGUCGACGUACAAGGAGGUAACCGACAAGCUGAAGUCGUACUUCAGUCCCCAGAAGAACCGGAUCGCCCAGUCCGUGGAGUUCUUCAAGCGAUGCCAGCACGAGUACGAGAAGGUCGCGGAUUUCGCGGUCGAGCUGCAAGCCCUGUCGAAACACUGUGUCUUCGAGCAGUUCCUCGACGCAGCCCUGCGCGACAAAUUCAUCGCCGGUCUACGGAACGCCAAAAUCCAGGCCGAGCUGAUGAACAGCCCGGACAACACGAAGUUCGAUGAAGCAGUCACGAAAGCCAAGAAUCUGGAGCAGAUCGAGGAGGACCAGCAGAAGAUGAAGGCCAAGCAGCAGUACGCCAACCGAGUCAAUGGCGGAAACACCAACCGACGAAACCGUUCGCAGUCCCGGAAGCCGGAGCAGUCCGAGAGAGGCCAGCGCAGCAGUUCGCGAGGCAGACCCAGCUCGCGAGGAGGACCACGUGGCCGCAAGGAUUUCCGUUGCUACGCUUGCGGAAAGAAGGGCCACAUGGCGCGGUCGUGCUGGAGCAACAAGGCGAACGUGGUGAACCGCAGCGACGACGACAGCGUGGUCGACUCUGACGACGAGGUCAACCACGUGGUGAACGUUCCGCUGUUCAAGAGGUUGUGA